UGGGCAUAAGUUCCAGAAGUUUACCCUAGAUUAGAAACUCUCAUUUCAAAAGCGUGGAUGUUUACGACAUGCCACACUGUCACGUACUCCAUUGACCGAUUUAUCACGCCACGACCAAUGACCAAUGAAACCGUGACUCUUCGAGUCCCCUGACAAACCAGGGAUGCUAUAAAGAGUGACAGACCAUUAGGACACUUUCAGUCUAUUCAACUAUCACGAGGCUAAGCAACAUCGAUCAGGAUGGCUAUGCGACAUGCAUUGAUCCUUCUGGUCCUCGUCAGCAUCGCCAGGGCGGAUCUAGAAUGCGGCCCGCUCUGGUCCCGCUUUGGGGAUCACUGUUACCGGUUUUUCGGUCCUCCCAAGACAUGGCAAAAUGCUGAGGACCACUGCCGUAAGUUCUUUACCCGCUUCGGUCAGGGUCACCUGGCGUCCAUCCACGGUGAAGCUGAGAACAACGUCUUGCUGGAGCUGUGGGAAAGCUCCUUGCCCUCGCUGGACGGGGUUGGUAGCCACGCCUGGUUGGGAGCCAACGACAUCGACCACGAAUCUCGCUUCGAGUGGACCGACGGGUCGCCCUUCAACUACGGGGCAUGGCGGGACGGCGAACCGAGCAACAGUGGUAACGCAGAGCACUGUCUCAACUUCUUCAACUGGCAAGGCGCGAUCGGAUGGAAUGAUGCCAACUGCAGCCAGUACGAAUUCCCGUACAUUUGCAAGGUGUCCACCGCGGAGGAAAAAGACAACCAGUAAAUCCAUCAUGCACGACCAAUAAAGACCUCUUGAUCUGUACGAUCUUAGAUUGUCCACACAAUUCUUCGCUAAUCACCAAACUUCUCGAGCCAGACUACCAGGUAGAUGAGUAUCAUUACAUCCCGAACUCUUCAUGACUAGAAGCCCGUUGUGUUGUGUUGUGUAACCGUCCAAAUACUGUGAAUUACACAAGGAUAGCAACUUUGUAACUCUCAUUCUCCGUGUGCAAGGAUAAGAACAUUAAGGCAACACUGAACAGAUUACAGAAUAGAAACGUUUUUCGCCAUACAGUUCUAACUCUUGGUAUAUCGAGUCGCUGUGAAACAUAUUGCUUCAAAACAAUGGUAGUAUAAUUCCUCUAAAUACAGGGUGAGUCAAAAGAAAUCCACCUUGAUUAAUGAUUUCCCCCCUUAAAAGCAAAUAUAUUAAACUCACCAAUGAAGCAAGUCGUAAAACGUGCAUGUUCUUCCACUAAUGAAAAACAAAUAUUGAAAUUGAUCCAAGGUUAUGCAGGUUUUACUAAAAGAACACAUUUUUACAGCAGUCCAUGGAAUAUCAUUUGAAUUUGCAGCGAGAAUGUGUGAUCACAGGCAGGCAAAAAUACAAAUGAGAUUCAUGAUAAUUUGAGUCAAGACUGAAACAUUAAUUUUAUUGUCAGAUUUUGUGUUUUGUACAUAAGGAACAAAUCUUGUUUUUUUCUGUAAUGAUGAUGAUGAUAAUUUAUGUCCUUUUUACAUUGUAAGGUUUCGUUCGUUCAUGGAGGUAGGAAAACCUCCAUGCAUGGUUCAUUGUAUUUAAAGGAUAUGCAUCAAUGCGAAUAGGUAAACGAGCAGCGGUGAUUGACAGCUGAAUUUUGGGAUAUUCGAUAUAACUUGUGAAUAGAGUACGCAUAUUACGUGAAAUAUUCACACAAAAAACUAGUCAAGAACAUGUACUAUAUUCCUAGUAACUUCCUUUUUGAUUCACCCUGUAGUUAUAUUAACGUGAAUUAUAGUCAUGAGUUUUAUAAACUUCAUGAAAAGCUGUUAUCUUCAAUCACAGUUUGUGGUUGAACAUUUCAGGACGGGAUGUAUCAGUUUCCUCAACAUAAAUGCACAGCGGAUCAAAGAUUAAUCACCAUGUAGUUUUUCAUUCAUUCCCCAUGCAGACGAGGACCUGGGUUGGUUAUAAGGAAAUCCGGAGUUCUUGGUACAGUUUCAGGUUGAGAGGAUGUUUAUAUUGUAGCGCAAUGCAUUUUAUAGAGGGCGCACUUUAGUUCUUUACUGGUAGCCAGCGGGGUGCGCGUGCACACACCCAGGUUUAUGGGGGCACCAGCCAAUUAGCGCCAGUGUAUAUAAGCGGCCAUGCGCUCAGCUUCGCCCUCUUUCUGCUGUGGCCGGAACCCGUGCGCGGUCUUAGGAAAAGUUGCACUGUUCUAAUCUCCCACAAUUAACCAAUCACCAAUCACCUAUAGUCGCAGCGGAGGGAGCCUCGUACUUUGUGUGAGUGUAAUUGAUAAAUGAUUCCCGCAUCAUAAUCCAGAUAAUUAUGUAAUCUCUGAGUUUGUAAGGGAAGUGAUUGAGUAUAAGAUCACGUAGGCGAGGCGCCUGGGUAGGCGAAUAAAAUAAUCUUCCGAAACACAGAUCUGGUGUCAGGUCCCCAUCCUUCCCCAGUCCCCCUAGUUAGUCCGCUUGGGUUGUGUGAGCGAGAGUGCGUGCGAGGGUGAUCCUUUGGUAGUCUGCUGCGGGCCUGGCGGUAAAUCUCCGCCGAAACGGAUCUGCGUACCCGACCGUAGAGGCUAGGCCGUUCGCCGCUACUCGCCGGGGCAGUCGUCCGAGGCAGUACCGCUACAAUAUGAAGUCUAGUGCCAUUUGUAUUGCUUUGUUAAGAUGAAUAUAAGAAUAUGCUGGUCCUCUUUUCCCCAAAUUAUUAGCUCGUAACUCAGUAACUCCUUCAUAUGUUAUGAUUAGCUUAUUUUAUAGAUAUUUUGUAAUGCAUCUGAAGAUUGCAUCGUAAGUAGAUGCUGUUUAAUUAAAAGCAAAAGUAUCUGAAA